AUUAAAAAAAAAUAUCAGCUAAUCCUGGAUCAGUUAAUUGGCCAAGAUGAGGAGAGAAUAAGAUACUUGCUAAAAAAGUUCCGAAAUAUAGUUGGGACAAUUGUCAUUCUUGUUGAUCCGCUCCCGGCGGCUCUAAUUGCAAGCCUCCUCAAUAUCUCAGCGGAAGAUGUUAACAUCAGAUUAAAUUCGCUACAUUUAGUUCUCCACAUACCCGCCAACGAUACUCCUGUGAAACCCCUGCAUAUCUCCCUUCGCAACUUCCUUCUUGGUUCUCGGACACGCGACAAGACUCUGCUCUGGUUGGACAAGAGAGCAACUUACUAG